AUGUGUUCAGAGCUCGAGUGCGGAGUUUGUUACCUGACGUUCAACGCGGGCCGGCGGUGUCCGCGGGAGCUCCACUGUAAACACAGCUUCUGCGAGAGCUGCCUGCUGGCGCUGGCCCGGCCCGGCGGCGCGGGGGAGGGCCGGUCCAUCGUGUGCCCGUUGUGCCGACGGACCACCUCCAUCUCCGGCGAGAGGCGGAUGAGAGCCGAGCUGAGGGUGGACGAGGGCGUCCUGCAGCGGCUGCUGGCCGCCGGCGUCCUCGAGCGGGAGGAUGGGGAGGAGGUGGACCGGGAGGCGGAGGAGGAGGACGCUCGGACCCGGUGCCGGUGUGAGGAAGAGGAGCACGCGGCGCCGGGCGAAGCUUCGGACGAGGAGGGCGUCGCUCCCGCGGCCAUCAGCGGCGGAGCGCUCCGGAGGUCUCUGAGGAAAGUUUGGAAGAAGAUCAGCGGAAACGGCGCACGGCCGCGCGGAGAAAACUGCAUGACCGACGCCGACCUGAGGAGCAUGGCCAUGAUGGCCUGCUACAUGUUCUGAGCGUCGACGUCCGCAGACGCUGGUCCAGCGUUUUCAAGUUUUCCCUCGGCUGAUGAUGAUGAUGAUGAUGAUGAUGAUGAUGAAGCCCAACCGACGUGUCGCAGAUAUUCUAACAUUCACCUGUUCUUGUUCUGUAUCUGAUCAACACGUAGCUGUCACUCAUGAAACAAAGGUGCUGAAGAGGCUCAUCUCAGAGCUGUGUUAAUGCAAAUGUAUGCGCUUAUUUAUUCUUCAUAAAGUUAUUUCGACUGUAUAUUUAUUUGAUACCUGUUACAUAUUUAAAGAAAAAUAAAUAUGUUCUGUUCUUAAUGAA